ACUAAAAUUUUUCUUUUCAAAAGCACACCUGAAGCGAGACAAGGAUGCCAUGUCAGAGCAAAGCAAUGCCAAACAGAGAAUUUCACUUUGAGAAUUCCUCAGAACCCUAAUUUGUCACCUCUCUCUCCGACACCGCACCAUCUCGUGCCCCUCAAAAUUCUCUCCCCAUAUAUAUCUACACAUAUCUGUAUAUCUGAAAUUUUCACUCGAAUUCACACACUUCCAUAUAUUUGACUCACCUCCCACCGGAAAGUUUAAUCUCCGACAGAUCUCUGUCAUGGCAACCAACCCGCCGGAAGGAUACUCCGACGACUUCCUUGAGCAAAUACUCGCGCUUCCUUCUUAUGGUGGCUUGGCGGGAACCGAGGGGAACUCAGCGCAAACGGCGCCGUUGACGACGGUGUCCCAGCUCAGCUCCGGUGACGUCGCCGCCGGCGGUGGAUUCCAGCAGCAGCUGUUUCCGCUGGGGUUGAGCUUAGAUAACGGCCGAGAUGACGUUGAUGGCGGAGGUUUUGCAGGGAGGAGUGAGAGAGACCCUACAAAUAUGGCAAGCUUGUUUCCGGCGUUUGAACAUUUACAGCCUCAUUCAGUCCGGCACACUGCUCCUCACUUUCAGCAGCCUUUGCAUGGCCGACCAGCUCCGAGCACAACUGUCACCAUGUCACACCCACCUGCGAUCCGUCCAAGGGUGCGAGCUCGACGGGGACAAGCCACAGAUCCCCAUAGUAUAGCUGAACGGUUGCGUAGAGAAAGGAUAGCAGAGAGAAUAAAGGCUUUGCAAGAACUUGUUCCCUGCUGCACCAAGACAGAUAGGGCUGCCAUGCUUGAUGAAAUUCUGGAUUAUGUGAAGUUCUUAAGGCUCCAAGUCAAGGUUUUAAGCAUGAGUAGGCUAGGUGGAGCAGGAGCAGUGGCACAACUUGUGGCCGACAUACCGCCGCCAUCAGUUGAGGGAGACACCAGUGAAGGUGGAUGCAAUUGGAACUGGGAUAAGUGGUCGAAUGAUGAGACAGAGCGGGAAGUUGCUAAGCUCAUGGAAGAAGAUGUUGGAGCUGCCAUGCAAUUCCUCCAAUCCAAAGCACUUUGCAUAAUGCCCAUUUCACUUGCCAAGCUAAUCUAUCCUACUCACCAACCAGAUGCCCCCACUCUUGUCAAACCCGAACCAAACGCCCUGUCAUGAACCUCAAAUUCCCAAUGGCCUCAAAAUGUCUCUCUCACCUCCAUAUCCCUAUCUAUCGUCACCCAUAUAUAUAUAUUUAUGUAUUAUUUAUGUAUGUAUAUAUCCUUGGCAUUAUGUGGCAGUGCAAUCAAAGUCAGAUGCCACAAUUUUGCUUUUGCCCUCUCCUCCUAAUAUGUGUCAAAUAAGGUGUGAUGUCAAAACUUGAAGACAACAAAGAAAUGAAUGACACUUCAUUGUUUGUUGCCAUGGUCAAGCGGAGGAAUAGAUUUUACUAUAUGUGCCUACCUCAUUUUGCUGUGGAAUUGUGGGGCCCACUCCCUUUGACAGUGGUGGGUAUUGUGAAAGAGAUGGAUGAUGGUAAAUAUGAUGUACUUUAAUAGAAUAAUUGAGAUUAUGGAUAAUGCAUUUUAAGAGAAUAGUUGAUAUGGAUGGUGGUAGGUCCUUUUCGAGAGGCACCUUUGUUUUUUUAAUUUGGUUAGUGGGGUGUGUUCCCUAAAAGUAACUUGAGCUUUUAUCAAAUCUCUAAAAAGUAAUGAUGAAUUAUUUGGGUGGCUCUUCCGAGCUUGAGUAGAUGUUGUCAAGAGAGUCUUCUCGUGGCUAUAGUCAUGAACUUUUUUUAUUGACCUUUGGAUUGAGA